GGCUGCCUCAGCUGAAAGCAGUAUAAAACAAGACAACUACCCAAUUUUCUUGCCAUUCAAUCAACAACAUCACAAUCAAUCGCAAUGACUUCUAUAACCCUCUCAGAAAAUGCACACAAGGCAUUGGGGCCUUUGCACCUCCAAGACCGUAUCAUCGGUACCAUUUUCGGUUCAGCGCUUGGAGACGCAAUUGGCUUGUACACAGAGUUUCUGUCCGCCGACAUCUCAGCAAAAGCAUAUCCCGACCGCAAAUUCACGUUACUCCCUGCUGAAAAAGCGACACCUUUUCGACGCGACCAUCACAGAAACUUCCAUCGUACUGGAGAAUGGACUGAUGACACAGACCAUGCUGUUCUGAUACUGCUUUCAUUCCUCCAUAAUGAUGGGAAGAAGGUUGACCCACAAGACUUUGCGUCAAGACUGUCAGUUUGGGUGCGUAUGGGGCUAAGAGCGCUGGACACCCUGCCUCUUGGUCUUGGACGUACAGUCGGUGGAAUUGUGCGCAGUAAAUCCUACCUCGAUGAUCCUGAGGGCACAGCGCGUAAGUUCUGGGUGACGGGGAAGUACAAUGCUGCGCCCAAUGGAAGUCUGAUGAGAACACAUCCGCUGGGGCUCAUGUGCCUUAACAAGUCUGUUGAGGAGGCCUUUCAGGUCGCGGCCGACUUCUCUGUCGUCACGCACGUCGACCCAAGAUGUGUGGUCUCUUGCGCCAUUGGCACAGCUCUUGUUCGUGGACUUGUCCUCGGUGAGAUCUACGAAGAGCGACAUGUCGACGAGUUGAUCGAAACUGGCCUAACGUGGUACAAAGAGCUUCGCGAGAAGGAAUUGCAGGAUCCAGAUAAGAAAGAUGAGCCUCGUCUGGAUGUUGACGAGUUCAGAAAACAUGCGACAGCUCAAACCCUCGCUGACCUCAAGUUGGAUGAGAGCUACAAGAUCGGAUACGUUUAUAAGACCUUUGGCUCUGGUAUCCUGCUUCUUCGACUAGCACUGCGCCAACUCAAGUCUUCGGAACAAUUAUGCUCACAGCUAGCCAUCUUCGAGAAGCUCAUCACCGAUCUGACAAUGGAAGGCGGUGAUGCAGACACAAACGCCUGCUUUGCCGGUGCUCUUUUAGGAGCAUUACUCGGAUACAAGUCCUUGCCUCCACAUUGGCGCGAUGGUCUCCGUCAUGGGACAUGGCUUAUGGAGAAGUCUGAAGGACUCUGCGACGUAUUGGGAGUGACAAAGGGUUCAUACUCCGGGUCGCAGGACAAGGAUACCGCCAAAGACGGUGGACGUGGGUUCUUGACAGAUGCGCAGAUGGAAGAGAAGUGUAUGAGAAUGCAGGCUUGGAUGGCCCAAGAGGAAACUGAAUGGAAGAAGAAGCAAGAGAUCGAGAAGAAGAAACCCAAUUGGUUUUCUUGGAAAUAGCGUGCUGAAUGAUACCAAGUAGCCUUUUUAUGCCAUAUGUUUGACCGCUUUUCAUUACUGUAAUUAUACUGGAUGUCCUCUUCUUUUACACCAAUGUAAAUAAUGACUUUGGUCUUUGGCGAGUCGAUCGAGUGUAUAAUACAGU